AGCACUUAUUCGUAAAGUUAUAAAUCAAUGUUGGAGUAUUAUGCUAUGCCCUAUUCUAAAACUAGAAGAAAUAGAAUUAACAAUUAAUAGAAACCAAAUCACUUUUUCUUCAAGAAUUUCUGUAUUUAUUGCAGAUAUAUUAGAAGCAAAUAAGAUUACAAGAAUAUACAAAUUGGCUAAUUGUAUAAAACCAUGUCUUAAUUGUAUUGUAUAUGUUAAAAAUUUAAAUAAUAUAAAUCUUUUAGAAGAUAAUAUUAUUAUGCAAACAACUGAACUAAUAGCUUAUAUUAUUCAAGUAAAAAAAGCUUAUGAAAAUUUAAAUAUUUAUGAAGCAAUAUUACCUAAUGAAUAUCAAAUAGUGAUUAAAGUUAUAAUAUUAGUAGUUGAUGGAUUGUUUGAUGAAAAAGAUUUAUAA